GUGUUGCCCCGUAUCAAAAGUGCUUCCUGUUAGUAGAUAGUAAACAAAAGAGAGCGCGUGGGGCGAAACGAACCAAGUGGCUGAAUAGGCGAUCAUUGUAGUCUAGACCGUGAAGCUAGUCAAGUCAUAAGCUUGCGUGACCCAUAUCCUGAACUGCGUACUUUGCGUCAGAAAGGCGUGAAUAUGGAUCUGAUCUACAUGUCUGAUGCCAUGGCUUACCAGUCCAUUAGAGGACAGUUUUCCUUCUACGAUCGUUCCUGGGAGCAAAAGCAGACUGAGAAACCUCAAGUGAAGAGCCGAACAUCAGAGCAUGGCAAGGACGGCUGUCCUAUCUGCAAGGAGCAGCGCAAGAGGCGCUCUCUGCAGACGUACAUCAGAAGCAAGUCGCACAGAGACAGCAGCAGUUGUCGUCUGAGGGAGGAGGAUGAGGAGGUGGAUGCGCGCUAGCAUGUCUCCUCAUUCCUCGCUGGGCGUCCGUCGGCCUUAGAACACAUGCGCGGCCUGUGCUUGUGGUGAGCACAUGCCUUCAACCCACCCCAGAAACAGAACAGCCAAAUGGAUUGCUUCUGGAAGCAGCACAACACAACAGGCACUCACUUUUGCCUAAAAUGUAAGCUGGGAUCAACUAUUUGGAUUACAUCGAAAGAUAAAAGUAUUUAAAUUUUUGAUGGUCAAAUAAAAUCGGUUUCAUGAAAAAUAAUUUUGGAAGGAACAAAUGAGUUUAUCUUCUCAUAAAUUGACUGAUAACUAGUCAAAUUGAAGUGCAUAGAAACUGUCUUCAUCAGAUUAUAGCCUGAAAUUAACAAAAAUUAGCAGUUUAUUCUUUAUAUAUUGCUCACUUAAACAACAAGAAGUUUCGGUGGUAACACCAGGAUUGCCUUCUCAUCAUUUAAUUAAUCAAAUGUUGAGUUUUUCAAAAAGACGGCUAUAGUUCGAGCUCAGCUCUGGAUAUAAUGCUAUCUAAUAAAAGCCAGGGCUAAUCUCGUCGCUAUUUACCUAUAGUCGUCGAAUAGAAUAGUCGAUGAAAUUAAAAUUGAUGAAUAAUGUUCCAAUUAAUUGCUCGUUGGAAGGUGAAAGCAAUUAGCCAGGUAUUCACCUGCCUUGUGGUGAUAAGCAUCACAAUAAAAUCCAAAGAACGUAACAAAGCAGUGUUUUUUGUGCAAUCCUGUUUUUCACUAUAGAACUAAAACCAAAUCAGUUUCAUUUCUUGAAUGAGUUUAGUUGAUCUUCAAGUUUCUUUUACUGUAUCAAUAUCAGCAAAAAGAUCACUGCACUUUCUUAGCAAUCAAAGAGUAGUCAAUUUCAAUAUUUCAGUCAGUGUCAUAAAUUUCAAUAUCUAUAAUUUGAGCUAAAAUUACUUAUUUAAACUAAUCUGUUAGUUGUUAGUUGAAGUAAACUACUGGUACUGCGUAUAAAAUGUGAAAGAAAAAUUUAGGACAAAUGUUGCCAAUGUGUUAUUUUCAAGAUUCACAACACAUAUAAUUAUGAAAUAAAACAAAUAAGCCAUUGUCGUUGUAUGUUGAUCUGCUGGAAUAUGAGUCUUUGUAGUUUAGAAUGACAUACUUUAGAAUUAUUUCAAUGGAAGAUUUUAGAUGAAAAAUAUCAGCUUAUUUUCAAAUUUCGCAUUUUUAGAAAAUUAAAAAAAUGAGUAUUAUAAAUAUAACAAUUCAAAUGUUUACGAAGAAGUUGUGCUUGUAAAAAUAUAUAAGAUUUUUUAAUUUUGAUUAUUUUAAAUUGUGUAUGUAUUAUUAAUUACCAAUUGGUCUUCAGUUGGUAAAAGCCGAUGGAAUCGCCUGGAUUUGUAAGAAAAGUAUUUAUGUAGAAGUUUUAAGGCUACUAAGAUGAUAAAAGGUUUUGGAUAUUGAAUAAUAUUUUUUAAUGGUGAUUUAUUAUAGGUUUACUUGUUCUUUAAUAUUAUUUACUUAUUUUUGAAUACUAUUCACUUUAUGAAGAUAUUUUAUUCUAAUGUAUCCUUCAUAGUUUGUUUGAGUGCAGUAGUUAUUAGGUUGAUAAGAGUAGUCUUUAUAUACCCUGUUCCUAGGUUGAUGAGUCUUGUCUAAAAUCUUUGUGCAAUUUGAAAAGAAAAUAUUAUUGAUCUAUUCAAACUAUAUGAAUUGAAUAGUGAAUAGACCUAUUAUCAUAUUUUGUUGAUUUCUAUUUUUCCGAGCUCCAUCUAUGUACUAAAUGAUCAAAUUUUUAAUUUGUUGUGUGUUUCAUACUGGAAAAAUUGCAUAUAGUCGCAUGUAUAGUCGAAGUCGAACGGUUUCCUCCUUCCCUGCCCUGGCAGGUUGAAGAUUCUCUCAUUGUGACGUGAAUAGGAAUGAAAAGACAUUUUAGGAAACUAAAUUCUUUCAAGAAAUUAUAUAAACUUCUUUUAAACACAACAAAAUACCUCACAAGAUUACAUAAUUCUUUUAAAAUACUAAUUUGUAUAGUAGCAUAGAGAAAAGAUAGCAUAAUAAUUACUUAUUCUUUACUACUAUUUUACUUUAUGAAGAUUUUUCUAUUCUCAAAACAAGGAUAGCAUAAUGCUAUAUUUGUCUAUAUGGUAAUGGCGAUAAUAAUAUUUGCUCCUAUCAUGCUUGGAAAGCAAACUGUAAGUAGAAUUUUGUGUAUCCUCUAUCGCACCAUUUCAACUUCUCAAAUAAAAUGCAUAUCUGUAAUUAUAGUGAUGUCCACUUUAUAAUACGUGUAUUUGAUUAACAUUAUUAUUGCUAUCCUUGUCUAUCAUUCAACAUAGCGAAUAGAGCUAACCUUUUCGUGCUCCAAUACGUUGCCAAAUCGUUUUCAACAAUUUAGAAAUAUAAUUAAUCAGCAAAAUUAAUUUAAUCUCAAUUAUGAAAAUUUAUUAAUCAUUUAAGAAUAUUUUUGUUUGACAAAUAAAAUAUAAUUAAUUAUUUCUAUCAAGAAUGAUCAGUUUAAUUACAUCAGAUUUAUAGUUAUCAGCUAUCUUCUAUAGAAGGUAGUUGCGAGGCAAGAGAAUCGGCAACGCUGUUCCUCAACUGACAUUAUAACGUGAACCUCACUAUAAGACAAAGAGCCAGGAUUGAUUGAUUGGUUCACUAUUAUUUAUACACUAGCUCUCUUAUAGCCUAUCCUUCUGCACUACCCCAUUCAUAUUUUUAAUUAUUUCUGAAUUUAUUUUGGUGUUCUGAAAAGAGAGUAUUGGAACAAUUUAAUUCGCAUUUUUAUAAUUAUCAUUAGUAAUCAAGACCCAGUACAAUUUUUCUUCGGGCUAUAAGCCUAUAAACGAAUUCACACAAUGGUAAAGUGAAACUGUAGUAUUUCAACAUCUUGGCUGUAUGUAGUUUGUAAAUUAUCAUUAGGAAAGUUAUUGAUUGCUAUCUACGGUUAAAUUCAUAAAUAAAGUUUUAUUUAUCAAUUAUAUACUUUCAAAAAUAGGCUACAUAUUACACAUCUAUCAAACUCUUUACUAUUCUUGAACUUGAACAUAUAUCAUAAUAUAUGUAAUAAAAUCCCUUUUCUUUAUUUCUUUCUAUAAACCUUUGUUUACUAAUCAUUCGUGAAACUUAAAUACGGUAACUCAUAUCAUGAAUGUUGUCUAAUAUUAUUUAUUUCACAUCAUCUUGCUGUAUUAAUAAUUCAAUUCAGUUUUGUAAAUUGGUAGGCAAAAUAUUUAUUAGAGAUUGCUUCAAUAUAAACUGUAUAUUUGAUUGUAUUCUUAUCAAUCAAAUUGCUGAAUCGCUGAGUCACUAAACAUAUUUUUUGGGAGGGCUCUAUUAUAGUCUUCUACAUAUAUACAGUAUAACAUGCAAAUACAGCUACAAUUCUUCAAAAAAAAAAAAAAAAAAUAUA